AUGGCCAUGUACUGCUAUGCCCUCAACAGCCUGGUGAUCAUGAAUAGCGCCAACCAGGUGAAGAGCGGCGGCGGCCCUCGGUCCAGCAGCAACGAGACGCCCCCGCCGCCCGGGAGGGCCGUGUUGAGCCCCGGCAGCGUUUUCAGCCCCGGGAGUGGCUCCUCUUUCCUCUUCCCCCCAGCUGAGUCGUUGUCACCGGAGGAUCCCGGGAGCCCCCCGGGCUGGCGGAGUGGCCGGCGCAGGCUGACUAGCAGCAGCGGCAGCGGCAGCAGCGUGGGCAGUCCGGGCUGGGCCGGUCGUCUAAGAGGGGAAGGGCAGCAGGUGGUGACCGCCGGUACCCUCUCCCCGCCCGGGCCGGAGGAGGCCAAGAGGAAGCUUCGAAUCCUACAACGUGAGCUGCAGAACGUGCAGGUGAACCAGAAAGUGGGCAUGUUCGAGGCGCACAUCCAGGCGCAAAGCUCCGCCACGCAGCCGCCCCGCAGCCCGCGUCUGGGCAGGGCUCGUUCGCCAUCCCCGUGCCCCUUGCGCAGCGUCAGUCAGCCCCCAGGAAGGGUCCUGGUUCAGAAUGAGGAGCGGAGGACCAAGUCCUGGGGGGAACAAUGUCCGGAGACUUCCGAGCUCGAAUCCGGGAGAAGAGGAGGCACGCCCAGCGUCCGCCUCUCCAAGGACAUGGAGGGAGUAGUGGCACCUUUUCUCCGCCCUGCGGCGUCGUCAGGAUCAGGGGCUCAGGGUCCCAGCGCUUCGGAGAGAAUGGAGAAGGUGCUCCCUGCCAGACCCCGCUGUGGCUCACCCACUGCCAUGGAAGUUGAUAAGACGGGGUCUCCUCCGUUGGGAACUCAGAACUCCCAAGCUCCCUCGUUGGGACUGGUCAGAGUGAACUUAAGCAUGGACACAGAUGUGGCUGCUCGAGCCACAUCCACCGUUCCACAGCAUCCACACGACCCUGCCCUCAUUGAGCCAUCUGAGAGGGCCCGUGAACUUGGGGGUGCGCACCCCCUGGAGGCCCUGGCCAAGAGUCAGGGGCAGUCUCUUGGCAGUGAGACAAGCCUCGCCCCAGAGAGGGGCGGACCCCGCCGCGGAGAGCCCCCUGGAAAGGUGGGGAGGGGAAUGCUGUCCGGUGGCAUGCCGGGCUCCGGGGCGCCUGUGGCGGACCUGAGGCCGGAGGAGAGGGCUGGGAACGUGCAGUGUCCGGCAGAGCUCUCUGAGGCUCCGACCUGGUUCAGGCAGGGUUCCAGAGGCUCUGAGGGGACACAGAGUGGGGCCCUAGUGGUCAAGGGGGCACCGCCGGCCUCUAACAGAGUGGAUGAAGGGUCCGCGAUGCUGGGCUUGCUUGGGGGCAGCUGCUCAGCACAACAAGGGACCCGGGAGGUGCAGGCUGGAGUUUCCUCUGGUGGAAUGCUGGAGCCGUUGCCCCACUGGGAAGCAGCAAAAGAACUGAAAGAACCCCAGUGCUUUCCUGGGGACACAGUGGGCGUGCAGCCUGGGAGCUCCAGGGUUUGGCUGGGCCCCAUGGAAGAAGCCUGUCUGGCCUGGACGUGUGGCACAGCGGUGCAAUCCAAAGGGACCUGGGGAGGCCAGCCACAGGGCAGAGACGCCCACCUCAGCCCAGAGCGGCUCUCCCCAGCACAGAAGGACAAGCCUUCCCUGGGAGAGGCCUGCGGCCGAAACAGCAUCCCUGCCGUCAUCAUCACAGACAUGGGUACAGACACGGAUGCCCAGGAGGACAGGGCCUUGGAGGAGGCGCAGGGAAGCCCUCGGGGCAGCCUGCCGCUGAGGAAACUCUCCUCUUCCUCUGCCUCCUCCACUGGCUUCUCCUCCUCCUAUGAGGACUCGGAGGAGGACAUCUCCAGUGACCCUGAGCGCUGCCUGGACCCCAACUCUGCCUUCCUGCAUACCCUGGACCAGCAGAAGCCCAGAGUGAGCAAAUCAUGGAGGAAAAUAAAAAACAUGGUGCACUGGUCUCCCUUUGUCAUGUCCUUCAAGAAGAAGUACCCCUGGAUCCAGCUGGCAGGACACGCAGGGAGCUUCAAGGCGGCUGCCAACGGCAGGAUCCUGAAGAAGCACUGCGAGUCGGAGCAGCGUUGCCUGGACAGGCUGAUGGGCGACGUGCUGAAGCCCUUCGUGCCUGCCUACCACGGGGACGUGGUCAAGGACGGGGAGCGCUACAACCAGAUGGACGACCUGCUGGCUGACUUCGACUCACCGUGUGUGAUGGACUGCAAGAUGGGCGUCAGGACCUACCUGGAGGAGGAGCUCACCAAGGCCCGGAAGAAGCCCAGCCUCCGGAAGGACAUGUACCAGAAGAUGAUUGAGGUGGACCCAGAGGCCCCGACCGAGGAGGAGAAAGCCCAGCGGGCCGUGACCAAGCCGCGGUACAUGCAGUGGAGGGAAACCAUCAGCUCCACGGCCACCCUCGGGUUCAGGAUCGAGGGCAUCAAGAAAGAAGACGGCUCUGUGAACCGGGACUUCAAGAAGACCAAAACGAGGGAGCAGGUGAUUGAGGCCUUCAGAGAAUUCACUAAAGGAAACCCAAACAUCCUGAUUGCCUACCGGGACCGGCUGAAGGACAUCCGGGCCACCCUGGAAAUCUCUCCCUUCUUCAAGUGCCACGAGGUCAUCGGCAGCUCCCUCCUCUUCAUCCACGACAAGAAGGAACAAGCCAAGGUGUGGAUGAUCGACUUUGGGAAAACCACGCCCCUGCCCGAGGGCCAGACCCUGCAGCACGACAUCCCGUGGCAGGAAGGGAACCGGGAGGACGGUUACCUCUCGGGCCUGAACAACCUCAUCGACAUCCUGACGGAAAUGUGCCCCAGUGCCCCGCUCGCCUGA